AUGGAAAAAUAGUGUUCUUUCAUUAGAAGUGUAAAAUGUUUUUUUAUUUACAAUUAUUACAAUUAAAAGGUUAAACCGAAAUUUAACAUGGCUCGUAGCAAUUAGCAAGAUUCCGCCACGCCUGGAAUCGUUUUAGUGUGCGACAUAGUUGCAGAGGAAUCAACAAGAAACAUAGUUGCAACAAAAAACAUGAAUCCGUACGACGAACGGAGGCUAAGAGACGAAGUGAUCUAUCUUCAUUAUCUUUGGGACCAAGGCCCUCAUCAUCAUCAACAACCAAACCCUAUUCAUCUUCCAAUUCGAUCACUUCACAACACCAUUCCUUCAUCAUCCUCACAACCUCAUUGUCAUCCACAUCAUCCCUGGCAACUUCGUCAUCAUCAUCGAGAACAUCCAUUUGCACCCUCCCACACCAGAUCCCUCCCUCCCGUCACUUCCACCGCUUUUAAGAAAAUAAAUAAUAAAAAGAAGAGGAAAAAUAAAUCAACAAAACCCGACCUGCCUCAAAACCAGGGUCUACCUUGGCCGUGUCCCGGUUCACCUGACUCGCCGCCCCAAACAGGUUGGCCCGUACUAAAGCCCAGUUCCAUUCCUCCUCCUUCAUCUCAAGAGAAGGAGAGGUUCGCGGCGUUACAUGUGCAAAACAAGGCCAUCAAAACUUUCAGGGAGUUUCUAAUUGGUUCCGACGAAGACAAUGACUGUUUUGAUGAAGAAGACGACGACAUCGAUGAAGAUGGUGAUGAUAGGUUGGAAGAGUUUGAGGAGUUUUUCAUUGGAGUUUUUAUGGAAGACAAUGAACUUAGAGGGUAUUACCAAAGAUGUUUUGAGAAUGGUGAGUUUUUGUGUUUGGUUUGUAGUGCUUUUGAGAAGAAGAAAUCUGGGAAAAAGUAUAAGGAUUGUAUUGGUCUUGUUCAGCAUUCAAAGUUAAUUUUGAGGACAGUCAAUAAAAAGGCUCACAGGGCUUUUGGGCAGGCAGUGUGUAAGAUUCUUGGUUGGGAUAUUCAUCGCCUUCCAUCUAUUGUCAUGAACGGGGAACCUCUUGGGAAGAUCAACCCAGCCCAGCCACCGGGUGAGCAUAAGGAAAGUGUUGCAGCUGAUGAUGAUGGAACGAAUGGUUCCUGCAAAACCGAAGAUAUAGCUGUGUCUUUAGAGCACGUUGAGGAUGCAGUUGAGGAGCAUGCAAAAGGGGUUGAUCAAAGUAUUGGUGAGUGUUCUUCAAAGGAAGGUGAUAGUGAUGAAAAAGUGGUGCGUAUUGGUUUGGAAAAUGGAGGAGGGGAAGCUAGAUAUGUGGGUGAAUCUACGAAGAAAGUUGACGAAGAUGGUAUCCACAUAUCCGAUUAUGAAGCUGUGGCUUUGGGGCAUGAUGAUGAAACAGUUGAGGAGCAGGCAUGAGGAGUUGAUCAGAGUAUUAGUGAUAUUAUCUUUUUAUAAUAUCAGUUUUACCCUUUUGGAAAAAGGGGAAAACAAAAGAAGAAACUGUGGCGAUAUCCAUGAACUCAUCACUACUAACGAGACUUUGUGUAAGUAUUGUGAUUCUAAUAGCAUAGAAAGAAGCAAUGUAAAGGGCAAGUAAUCCAAUCCUACUACUACUAUUCAUAAUAUGUCAAGUUGAUAGUUGCAACUUAAUGGAAGGAUUAACACCUGAUUCCGAAGUUUGUAACCUCUGAUAAUGCCUUCAUUUUGUUGCUUCAAUGAGAGAAUGUUUUUCUCACUGAGAGAUUGCUUCUCUCAUCAA